CUUUUUCUUAACUCCAAAGACUGUUUUAAGUUUUCCAAUGUCUGGUCGAUGCCAAGAUAAAGAUAAGGAUGAACUAGCAAGAGCUGGUCAGAGGGAAAAUCCAGAGAGAACCUUUGACUUGGUAUUGAAAGUGAAAUGUCAUGCCUCUGAAAAUGAAGAUCCGGUGGUAUUGUGGAAAUUCCCAGAGGACUUUGGCGACCAGGAAGUACUACAGAGCGUGCCCAAGUUCUGUUUCCCCUUUGACAUUGAAAGAGUAUCCCAGAAUCAAGUUGGACAGCACUUUACCUUUGUACUGACAGACAUUGAAAGUAAACAGAGAUUUGGAUUCUGCAGACUCACAUCAGGAGGCAAAAUUUGCUUGUGCAUUCUUAGUUACCUGCCAUGGUUUGAAGUAUAUUACAAGCUUCUAAAUACUCUGGCAGAUUACUUGGCUAAGGAACUGGAGAAUGAUUUGAAUGAAACUCUCAAAUCACUCUAUAACCACCCAGUACCAAAAGCAAACACUCCUGUCAAUUUGAGUGUGAACCAAGAGAUAUUUAUUGCCAGUGAGCAAGUUCUGAAAGAUCAGCCCUUCCUAGUACCGCAUUCCUACUUCAUUGCCCCAGAUGUAACUGGACUCCCAACAAUUCCUGAGAGUAGAAAUCUUACAGAAUAUUUUGUUGCCGUGGAUGUGAAUAAUAUGCUGCAACUAUACGCCAGCAUGUUGCAUGAGAGGCGCGUCAUUAUUACCUCUAGCAAAUUAAGCACUUUAACUGCCUGUCUCCAUGGAUCAGUUGCCCUGCUAUACCCAAUGUACUGGCAGCACAUAUACAUCCCAGUGCUUCCGCCGCACCUGCUGGACUACUGCUGUGCUCCGAUGCCAUACCUGAUUGGAAUACACUCCAGCCUCAUAGAGAGAGUGAAAAAUAAAUCAUUGGAGGAUGUGGUUAUGUUAAAUGUUGACACAAACACUUUAGAAUCACCAUUUAAUGACUUGAACAACCUACCAAGUGAUGUGGUCUCGGCCCUGAAAAAUAAACUGAAGAAGCAGUCUACAGCUACAGGGGAUGGAGUAGCUAGGGCCUUUCUUAGGGCACAGGCUGCUUUGUUUGGAUCCUACAGAGAUGCACUGAGAUACAAACCUGGGGAGCCCAUCACUUUCUGUGAGGAGAGUUUUGUAAAGCAUCGUUCAAGUCUGAUGAAACAGUUCUUGGAAACUGCAGUUAACCUCCAACUUUUCAAGCAGUUUAUUGAUGGUCGACUGGCAAAAUUAAAUGCAGGACGGGGUUUCUCUGAUGUAUUUGAAGAGGAAAUCACUUCAGGUGGCUUUUGUGGAGGGAACCCGAGGUCAUAUCAACAGUGGGUGCAUACAGUCAAGAGAGGAGGUGCACUGUUUAACACAGCAAUGACCAAAGCAACUCCAGCUGUACGGACAGCAUAUAAAUUUGCAAAAAAUCAUGCAAAGCAGGGAAUAAAGGAAGUGAAGAGUAAGCUAAAACAUAAGGAAAAUGAAGAAGAUUAUGGGACCUGUUCUGGUUCUGUACAAUAUACACCAGUUUACACAUUACACAAUGAAAAGGGAGGAAAUCUAGAAAAGCGUAAGCUUGCCCAGGGACGCUUGAAAAGACCUCUUAAGAGCCUUGAUAGUGCUCUGUAUGAUGACGACCAUGACGAGAGAGCAAGCAAGUUAUCCUCUGAAGAUGGAGAAGAAGCUUCUGCUGAUUUUUAUGAAAGCGAUGACUCCGUUGAAGCAAGAGUAAAGACUCCUUACUCAGGUGAAAUGGACCUACUAGGAGAGAUCUUAGAUACACUGAGCACACACAGCUCUGACCAAGGAAAGCUGGCAGCAGCGAAGAGCUUGGAUUUCUUCAGAUCAAUGGAUGAUAUUGAUUACAAACCUACGAAUAAAUCCAAUGCACCUAGUGAGAAUAAUCUGACCCUACUUUGCAGUGGUUCUGGUGACCAAGUAGAGUGGCAUCUUGGGCAAGAUGAUAGUGCCCUUCAUGGCAAACACCUUCCUCCAUCUCCCCGGAAGCGAGUUCCCUCUAGUGGUUGGACAGAUUCUCUGUUUAUCCUGAAAGAGGAAAACAAUGAAAAACACCUCAGUGUUGACAAUGUGAGGGGGCCCGCGGUCACAGAAAAGGCAGCUUCUGCUUCAGAACUGGAUUUCCAGUUAGCUUUGCCUGAAGUUUCCGAAGAUGAAAAGUGUAAAACAGAAAGGAAGGAAACACUAAGCCAGAUUUCAGAUGAUCUGCUUAUACCCAGCCUUGGGCGACAUUCAUCUACUUUUGUCCCUUGGGAGAAAGAAGGGAAAGAAGCCAAAGAGACUUCAGAAGAUAGUGGACUGCUUCAUGAAGUGGUGUCAUUAUGUCACAUAACAUCUGCCUUCCAGCAAGACUUAAACAUUUCAGAGGAAAACACAAGUGGAAACCAAACUUAAAUCAACAGUUAAGAGUCAUGUGCAUCUAAGCUUCUAUGGAGACAUUUUAGGAUUCCAUGUAAUCUCUAUAGUAAACAGAAUUAUAUGUAGGAAUGACAGUUGUUGGACUGUCUAAAAAUUAUUGUUCAUUUGGAGCAUACAUUUUUCCCACUCAUUCAUCUCGUGAGUGUGAUUAUAUAUUGACUGAUUUUUUUAAAUGUAAAGCUAAUUCUCCUACUGUGCUCUUAAAUCAGGUACUAGUUUGUAUGUAUGUUGGAAGUAUAUGUUGAACAUAUGAUUUCCCAGUAUUUGGUGCUUAAUGCCAUUCAUUUAUUUAAACUAAGUAUGCAUAUAUAACCCUUGCACAUAACCAGUAGCUACUAUUCUAAUCUGGUUGAGCAUGAACUGAUCAGGAUAUCAAAACUUCUCAAAACUAGCCUGAAACUACUGAAACUGUUGACCCACUAACUGCCUUAAUCUUAAGCCUAUAUUUAGCAUACUUUAAUAAUUUAUGGAAUUACCUGUAAAUUUUGAAGAAUAAGUUAUAAGUGUUCUGCAGAGCAAUAAUGCCUUUUUCUAUUCAUUGAAUCAAGGACAAAAUUAAUUUUUCAAAGUUAAAAAGCUCUCUUGUGGACACUGCAGCCAUGUUUUCCAAAACGUAUAAAGGUACACAUUUACCUUUCACUCAGUGAAAUAUAUGAAGUGCUGAAUUACAAUGUGAAAUUGAUGACUUCUGUUUACAAAUGAGACACUUUAAAUUUUUUUCCCAGUCUCUCUGUAUGCCUUUGCUAUCUAGGAAUCCAGUCCCAGAAAGCCAAACAUAACAUGAACUAUCCUGAUAAAGAAAUAUUCCUAUCUUUUUUUUCUUAACUAAUAAUUCUACAUCAAAUAUUUUUAUCAUCUCAAAUUUACUUUUUAAAAUAAUCGACUUUAUAUCUUAGAAGUUUUUGAUUUAUAGACAAAUUAUGAAGAAAGUACAGAGAGUUCCCAUAUAACCCUAUACACAAUUUCCCCUAUUAUUAAUAUCUUACAUUGGUAUGGUACAUUUGCCACAAUCAGUGAACCAAUAUCGAUAGUCCAUGCUUUAUUCAGAUUUCCUUAGUUUUUCCCUAAUGUCUUUUUUGUGUUCUAGAAUCCCAUCCAAGAUACCACAUUACAUUUGGUUGCCGUGUGUCUUUAGAUGCCUCUUGGCUGUGACAUUUUCUCCGACUUUCCUUGUUGCUGGUGACCUUGACAGUUUUGAAGAGUACUGAUCUGGUCCGAUAAAUUGUAAAAUGUCCCUCUAAUAGAAUUUGUCUGCUAUUUUCCUCAUGACUACACUGUGAUUAUGGGUUUGGGGGAGGAAGAUUCCAGAAGUGAAGUGUCACUUUCAUUACAUCAUAUACAAGGUACAUAAUGUCAGCAUGAUUUAUCAUGAAUGUUCAUGUUGACUUUGAUAGCCUCACUUAGGUGGUGUGUGUUAAAUUUCUCCACUACACUUUCUCCCCUCCCUUCCUAUAUGGUAGUGUUUGUUUGGAAGGAAGUCACUGUGUAUAGCCCACUCUUCAGGAGUAGAGCUUAUGCUUCCUCUCCCAGAGGGUGGAGUAGCUACAUAAAUUAUUUGGAAUUCUUCUGCAUAGGAGAUUCGUCUCUUCUCCCUCAAAUUCACUGUUAAAUGUUGAAAUUCAUCUCACAAGGAAUCCUGCAUUGACUGCUUCAUGAUAAGCUAGUCUGUCAGGAAAAAAAAUCAGGAAAAAAAACCCAGUGAUGUUACGGUUAAUUUGGUAUUUGUGUAUUCAGUAUACACUCUGUACAUCCCCAAUCAUGAUUAGUUUUAAAAAAUUGUCACUUUAGAAAAGAUGUUUGAGAAACCAUUCAAGAACCUCAUCAGGACUGUACCCUAGAACAUUUGCUGAAAGAAUUUACUUGCGAGUUAAAAAAGGAAUCUUGGAAGGGGUGUUGUUAAAAACAUUGCUUAAAAAUAUUUAUUCAGGUCAGUCUUUAAAUAAUUUAAAGAAUUGACCAAGUUUUUUUCUUUUUACAACUACAUCCCAAAAUCUUAAGUGGAUAUGUUUUACUGAGGACAAUUAUUCAUUCAUGUUUAUAAAGGAAGACAAGUCUUAUUUUCCUUAUAAGGAUGGACUCAGUAUACAUUAAGGAAAAAAGUGUUCAAUCCUUAUUAAGACAAAAGCAAGACUCAAGGUUCUUGUCAAAUUUUGCCUUUAUAUACUCAUUACAAAAUCCCGUUUUACUUUGUUGAAGCGUAUAGUAAAAGAAGUCAACUUAUCAGAAGAGCUAUUUUAAAUGAGAAGGAAAAAAAGGUCAUUCUGGUGAUUCUGGUGAAUCUGCUUGGCAAAUAUUUCUUCAUAAUUUUUGAAAAGAAAAAGCCUUUUUUAACACGACUGUUCAAAUGAGGCAUGGGAAUGGGAAUAUUGUGAGUGUUAGCAUAGGUAAAGCUGGGGUUUUAGUCCAUUUGCUUAAUAGACAUCAUGGCUUCAGAAAUGUAAGUUCUUCUGUCGCCCAGUCCCCUCAUGAGAUGUUUGACUACAAAACUGUGUUGUGAGGGUAUUUAGCCACUCACAAGCAAGUUUGCAUGAAGGUAUUUUAAACUGGAUUUGUGCCUUAUUUUAACAUGCAAAGUCAGCUUUUAUAUUCUGUGUUAAAAAAAAACAACAACAGCAAAAACAAAAUCUGUACAUGUUCUUGGAAAGAAUCCAAAAGACUAGUAUCCAAGAGACUACUAAUCUGAAAGUAUUAGUAUUUCAAAUCACUAAUAUUUUGAGUAUUCAAAGUCUUCUCUUAAACUAGACUUUCCGGUGCUGCGGUGGAUGUAGGGAGAGUGAAGUGAAGUGAACAUGAAUUCUGAAAUAAACAAAAGUAUUAUCUUAUUUUCUGCUAUGCUUCUAUUUUCUAUUAUAACUAAAUGAAAUAUUUGUGAACUCCCCUGCUAUUUGAAUUUUUUUUUUCCAAGCUACAUCUGUUCCACAACAGAGUUGUAUAAAUGAAUAGGACGUUUGGCCUUGAUAAAUAGUCUUUCAUAUGGCCUCUAAACCAUCAUAAUUCUCCCUGAAUCCCACCAUGGCUUUUAUCCUCUUUGCCCUUAAAUAUUGCAUUUGUGGUGUUUCAGGAGGGGAUGGAAGAGUAGUGUGUGAAUUUAGAAGCUGUCGUUUUGUUAAGUCAGUAUGUUGUUAAGUGGCAGAUUUUGAUGGUUACCCACUUUAGCAUAUUUUAGGAAGGCACCAAAAUAUAGCAGGAUUAUUUUCCUGAUUAAAAAUGGAUAACUCAUCACUUAGGAAGUAUUUAUUGACUUUUAUCAGUCGUAUGCAAGGUACAGUAGCUGAGGAUUUUAGGAAAUAAAAUAAUUAACCUAGUCUCUGCUCUGAAGGAACCAAUUAAAACAUUUGAAUUUAAAAGGAAAAGAAAUUAUAAAUCUCAUUAAUAAUAAUAAUAAUAAUAAUAAUAAUAAUAUAUUUUGCUUACAAGUUAUUAGCCCAAGAUUCUAACAUCAAAAAAAGUCUUUUAAGGCUGCUUAAUCAGAAAGUGCUCUAAGUACAGAACCACAGUACUAUUUCCAAUUUCAUUAACUUUAUUAUUAUAAUGAAGUAUAAUAAUGCUGCUAUUUUAAGAUAUCUAUUUCUAAAGGACAGACUUAGAGGCUCUUAGAAACUAAAUGCCCUUGUUUAUCUGAUUGUCUGUCACCACUAUGCUCAAUCCUUUCACCAGGCAGCACAGGGCUCUAUAAUGGAAUGAUGCUUCUUUGCAAUACUGAGGGCCACUUUACUUAACCUGAGGGCUAACUGAGGGUGUGGGUGCAUGUUGAUGGAAACUAAUUUUUACUGUCUUUAUCUUGAUAAUAGCAUUCUCUAGAAACGGUCUCUGCUGUCCCUGCCUCUUAAAUUAAAACUGUGUCAGUGCUGUUGUUAGGAUUCUGUGCUAAGAUCCUGAUGGUAGAAUUCAGGAAUGUUCAUGAAUUAGUUGUUUCUUAAAUAGCGUGAAGUAGACUCAUGAUCAAGAGGAGAAAACUGUGAAUGUUCUCAUAAUCAGCACUAGAUCUCCCUUCUCAUGCAGAAAAUCUGGAUUUUCAGGAAAAGAUUAUUUUCAUGAAUAAAUUUUCUAAUGCAAAUGCCAUUUUGUUUAGCGGAACAGACCCUGAUUCUGGGUAGAUAUUUGUAAAUGAGAAUGUAAGUUUCAGAAAGUAAAAUGAAUACCCAAAUCUCAUCCCCCAAAGCACUUCUUAUAAGGAAAUAGCUUUCACAGAGUCUCUGUCAGUACUCACAUCUUUCCUGUGUCGCGCCCAGUACUUUGUUCAUGUCUGUUUCUUAAAGCUUAAGAGGCAGAAUUAUUUUUGAGCAAACCGCUUCGCAUUUUCAUUUGGUCAUGAUAGGGAAUUAUGUGUAUUUAGAAAGAUGCACAUUUUAUUUUGAAAAUAAUAGGAUUUUUGUGCAAUAUUUUUCCUGCAUAAUUUAGUUUAUAUAAAUAUGCACAUCUGCUUUUCUAGCAGAUGCCUUAAGGUCAUGUCUUUCAGUAUUUGUGUAAAAUUAUAUGUAGCAAUGUUCUAUGUGAUUUUAGAAAAAAAAUCCUUUAUAUUGUUGGCAGGAGAAAUGUUUUUGUUUAUUUAAAGUAAUUAUGGAUAUUGCAUUAUUGUAUCAUAACUAACUGCCUCAGCAACAAUAAAUAUGCAAUAAGGAAAUCCUGAACCUUAGGUUAGUAUUGACAAUACUAUUACUUUAAAAGAAAUGUAUAUAGUGCAAAAUGCUGAUUUUACAUGUGUACAUGUAACAGAUAUUCAGUUCUACCACAUAAAUCUAAAUGGCAUUUGUAUGGUGAUGACCACAUAUGUAGAUUGUAAUAUCCUUUGUGAUGAAUCUUUGGUAAGAUUUAUAAAGGGCAUUGCCAAUACUCCUUGACUGUCUAUAAAUUAAGUUAAUUUUUGUAUGAUGUACAGUUUGUUUAACCUUAGAGCUUCUAUAGAUUUCUACUUUUAUUAUACUUGAACGAGGCAGAAAAGCACUGUGGAAUAUCUGUAGCUCUGGAUGCGAUCUGCAAACAUACCAAAAAAUUAAACAAGGUACUGAACAGCAAUAUUAGCUGGAUGCUUUCUAUCCAGAAAGCUGUGUUUUUUUUUCAAACCAUCCUUUAAUUAAGUAAUUUAAAACAUGCAAUCUUUUAUCUUAAAAGAUUGCAAAGUCACAAAUGAUUACCUCUUUGAUAUGAUAAAUGUCCAGGUCUCUUUUGUCUCUGUGUUAUUUCACUUCUCAGAUGAGAGCCUUAAUGAGGUACCUUAACAAAUCCACCCUCUGGUUGGUUAUGUGAUGUUUAGGAAAGGACAGAAUUAGAACCCUGUGCAUGCUAAAUGCACCACAGGCAUCAAGUAUAACUUCCAUGUGGUAAUUUUGAGAACCAUCUAAUGAUCAUAUACCAAAAACAAGACUUCUUGACUCUGUUACGAUUUAGUACUUACAGCAAUGCCUAAAACAGCAAGCAAGUAUGAACUGCAUGAAGUCCACAACUUAAUAUGCAUAAAGGUUUUUUUUUCUAUAAAAGGUACAUGAGGGGUUCAAAAUGGAGCUUUUCCAAAGGUUAUUUCUUUUGCUUUAAAUGACUAACUGUUUAAAAGUACUGAACAUCUUGAGCUUUUUUGCUAGACAUGGUGACAGAUAUCUAUAAAAACCUACCCAGCAUUGAGAGUUGUUUCAGUGUUCUUGCAUCCUUGAGGCUACAGUAUAAAUCAUCUCUAAAGUUGACUACUAUUGGGAGGACAUUGUGCAUAAAAGUGUUGUUUGGGGAUUUUUAAAAAAAAUAUGCAAACGCAAAUAUUGGAUGAACUACAUACUACCAUAAAGUGCCCAACAAUGCAGUUAUGAAAUAAAAUUGGUCAUAAUUAAACUUU